AUGAUGGAUCUUUCAUUGGCUUCAUCAUAUCGGGAUGUUGAACUGGCAUAUGUGCGUCAUCAGCAAGCCGGCGUUCGUUCGGGGGAAUGGGUUCCUUUUGUCUAUCCUUUUCAUGCAUUAGGAAUGAUUAUGCUCGGUGUCUAUCUGCUUAUUCCUCAGAGCGCUUUGAGAUUCUCAGCAUUUUCGAUAUUUUCUCGCUAUUUUGUGUUUGCUCUUGUUUCUGCCCAUUCAAUAUGGAGUAUACGGAAUAUACGGUCAAUUAGCACCGCCAACGGGUUCGGUGUUGGUCUAAUUUCCUCCUGGACUAUGCUCUGGGCCGCCACACUUCUCGUUUUCAAUGAUGUGCAGCGAGAUUUUGCGCGGAUUCAAAGAAAAAGUGACAGUGGCGUUCAAGUGGCCACGUCCGACCGUUCACACGAUCAUGUGGCGAAUACCACCACCAGCGCCAUUUCCGCGUCCAACGGCAGCCCCAGGCAGCGGAGCUCGAUGCAGCUCGACAAAGCCGCCAACGGUCAAAUUUCGACGGCAGCAAAUGGUCAUGCAUCGGGACCCAAAAAUUCUCGCACCGCCAUUUACUUCUGGCAGCCCUACCCCCAGGCUUUUACCGACCGCCUGUACUGGGUAACUGACUUAGUUCUCAAUUACAGAGGCAUUGCUUGGAAUUGGCGGAGCUCAGGGCUGCCGCCGCCGCCGAAGCGAGUUCGAGAAUCACUCGAGCACAAUCAUGGUGCGAGCGCUGCUUCGCCUCGUGAUCGAGCAAGUCCGGAUCACUCUCAUCAUGGCCACAGCCGGGCUUCCAUCACCUGGGAAGCUUUUCGACGCGUCUCAUUCUGGUACUUUACUAUUGAUGCCAUCAAGGUCAUCAUUAUGCGAGACCCUUAUUUCUGGGGAUUUAUCGAUGCACCUGCACCUUCCUACCUCCCGUCAACGAUCGCUCAAUCUCCGGUGCUGCUUGGUUGCUAUCGCCAGAUUUUGAGCUUGGCGAGCAUUUGUGCUGCUCUGCAAGGAAUCUACUCCCUUGGCCCUCUUGUUUUCGUCGGGAUUCUCGGGAAAUGGUUCAACGUCAACGGCGAGCCAUGGAUGUACCCUGAUGGCUAUGGCAGCUACAGGCACGUCCUCGACAAUGGCCUCGCCGGAUGGUGGGGCGGUUGGUGGCAUCAAACGUUUCGUACCAUGUUCUCGGCGCCUUCACAGUGGCUCAUUGAGAAGAUGAAUAUGAAUCGGAAAUCACCCCUCGCGAAAAUGUUGCAGCUCGUCAUUGCAUUUUCAUUGUCUGGCGUGCUUCAUGCCUGUGGAUCGUACACAAACCUGCCGCCGUCAAGGCCCAUGAGCGGCUCAUUUCUCUUCUUUAUCUUGCAGCCGGUGGGCAUCAUGGUUCAAAUAGGGCUGAGUGCAGCAUUGAAGAAAGCUGGCAUCACGGCCAGGAUGCCCAAAUAUGUGCGACAGGCCGGCAACUUUAUCUACGUCCACGUUUGGCUCUACUAUAUCGCUCCACUGCUCACAGAUGACUUUGCGCGACAGGGUCUCUGGCUGUUUGAACCAGUGCCUAUCAGUCCUCUCCGGGGCCUUGGAUUCGGGGCCGAGGGCGAGGGAUGGGUUUGCUACAAGCAAGUGAACCCAUAUUGGUACCAAGGAGAGAAAUGGUGGCAGAGUGGGGUUGCGAUUUAG